UUCUCUCCCCUUCCUCUCCGAGACUCCAAAACCUCUCCCUCUUCCUCGGGCGGCGGCGGCGGCGGCGCGGCGGCCAUGGACAAGAGCUUGCUCGGCGACCUGGACGGCCUCCCGGAGGAGGACAAGAUGCGCAUGGCCGCCAUGGUAGACCAGCUCCAGAUCCGUGACAGUCUGAGAAUGUACAAUUCCCUGGUGGAGAGGUGCUUUACAGACUGCGUGGACACGUUCCGCCGCAAGACCCUGGACAAGCAAGAGGAGUCGUGCGUCCACCGCUGCGCCGAGAAGUUCCUGAAGCACUCCAUGAGGGUCGGCAUGAGGUUUGCCGAGCUUAACCAGGGCGUGGCCACCCCCGAUUAAUCGUGUGGGUUUCAUCGCCCCUACCAAGUUUCUAACCUUGAGGAUUUUGUCAGCAUUGAUUUGUGUAAUCCUAAAAAGAUUUCAGCACUCCUUGAGAUACACAACUCGGUGUCAGCUAGGUUGCUUCUUGAACCAGCUGCUGGGUAAGGAAUUGAAUAAACUUACAGAUCUUGAGCCACAUAGGUGCAUAUUAUCUCGUUGCUAUAUUCAGGUAUUGUUUGUAGGGCUAGACAGCAUGGUGCAAGAUCUGUAAAGGUGCCUUUCUUCUUGCCCUCUCAUAAGACAUCUGCCUUCUUUGACAGCAAAGAGUGCUGGACCAUGCACAUGAGCUCAUCAUGCCAUGAACUGAUGCACUUGGAAUUGGAAUUUGGGAGGCCAAAAGGGGGUCUGGAUCAACCAUCAGAUCACAAUGGUUUGGACGUGAUCGCCUUUGGCAUCAUCUCAUGGCUUGGAGCUUUGGCCAUGGGCGAUGUGGGCAGGUUGGCCCCCGGCCACCUUGUGCCCACUACCUGCUGUGUCGCCGUCCAAGUUGGCAUGUUGUUUUCUCGUGUGGAGCCAGAGCGAAGCUGCAGGACAGAUCUCGUUUGGUGUUGCGUGGCAUGGGCAUGUCGGUGCUGUAGCACUGUAGCUGUAGCCUGCCCUACUGAUUCACUGAAGCUGCUGCUGCUCGUUCUAGCGUGUAGCGUGUGUGUGAUUCAGAGCAAACGAGAGGGAGGCGUCAGUGGUCAGUACUUGCAUUGUUUGGGCAUUGAGGCGUCAUGAUGGCAUGAUGUGUAUAGUGUCCUUUUGAGCUUGCUCCUUGAGCUUUCACACUGUUUUUUUUAUGGCUCUUUGAUCA